UCUCUUUCUCUCUCCCACCCACACUCCACACACAAUCGCACAAAAGGACUUCGCAAGCAACAAAGGUAUAACUAGCAUUCCACUUCUCCAACUGCAAACAUGAGCUACUCCGGCGACGUCUACUCCAGCAGUUCCUAUCGGAAGAUCUUCGGGGAUGCGCCCCGGAACUCCGGCCGCAUGACCGUAGGCAGCAGCCCCUCUCGCCUGUCCAGCGGAUUCCGCUCCAGCAGCGCAAACCGCAACUAUGGCUCCCCAUCCAUGCUCACAUCCUCCGGCUACCGCAAGGUGGGCGCCGGGCGCAACUUCCACUCCUCCAUGUCCGACUCUAUGGACCUGAACCAGUCCACGGCCGUCACCAACGAGAUGAAAAUCAUCCGCACCAACGAGAAGGAGCAGCUCCAGGGCCUGAACGACCGCUUCGUCUCCUUCAUCGAGAAGGUCCACAACCUGGAACAGCAGAACAAGGUGCUGGAAGCCGAGGUGACCAUGCUGCGCCAGCGCCACACUGAGCCCUCCCGACUGCACGACCUGUACGAGCAAGAGAUCCGCGAGCUGAGGGCGCGUGUCGAGGAACUGACGCACGAGAAGAGCCAGAUGCACCUGGACUGCGUGCAGAUGAACGAGACGCUGGACCGCGUUAAGCAGAAGCUGGACGAGGAGACGAGGCUCCGCGAGGAGGCGGAGGGCACCCUGAUAAGCUACCGCAAGGACGUGGAUGAUGCCACGAUGUCCCGGCUCGAGCUGGAGAAGAAAGUCGAGUCGCUGUUGGAUGAGAUCGCCUUCCUCAGGAAAGUGCACGAGGAGGAGCUGCAGGAGCUGCAGGCUUCCCUGCAAGCCACACAGGUGUCAGUGGAGAUGGAUAUGAGGGAGGGUAAACCCGACCUGGCCGUGGCCCUGAAGGACAUCCGUGCCCAGUACGAGGUCCUGUCAGCCAAGAACCAGAACCAGGCGGAGGAGUGGUACCGCUCCAAGUUUGCCAGUGUGAAUGAGGCGGCCGCCCGCAACCAGGAUCAAGUUAAGCAUAGCAGGGAGGAGCUAAAUGAGUACCGCAGGCAGGUGCAGGCCCGUACCCUGGAGAUCGAGGCCCUCAGGGGCCACAAUGAGGCCCUGGAGAGGCAGAUGGCUGAGAUGGAAGACCGCCACAGCAACGAGAUGGGAGAGAUGCAGGAGACCAUCCAGCAGCUUGAGUCUGCCCUCCGCAGCACCAAGGGUGAGAUGUCCCGUCAUUUGCGUGAGUACCAGGACCUGUUGAACGUCAAAAUGGCCCUGGACAUUGAGAUCGCUGCUUACAGGAAGCUGCUGGAAGGUGAAGAGUGCCGUCUGAGUACAGUGGGCGGAAAUAUCCUGCAGUCAGGCUACUCUGGCUUCUCCUAUUCGUCCGGCCGCUCCUACGCCCUGGGUUCCUCUGCCCCCUACAGGAUGAGGGGAGCCAAGCCUGAGGAACCAGAGGAGGAGGAGGAUGAGGAAGAGAAGGAGGAAGAGGAGAAUGAGGAAGAAGGAGAGGAAGGAGAGGAGGGAGAUGAGAAUGCAGAGGAGAAUGGAAACGGUGAUGAGGAGGAAGAGGAGGAAGAGGAGGAGGAAGAUCAGAAGAAGACAGAUGAGAAAAAUGGCAAGGAUGAGAAGGAUGAGAAGAAGGGAGAGAAGGGAAGUGCUCCCAGCAAGAGCACCAAGAGCUAAACUGCUUGUGUCAUCGAUCAUCAAUGCCUUUCGCACUACUACAGUCCACUCAUUCACUCAUAUGGAUCUUAUCCCUUCGCCGUCACCUCAUCUCUGUUUCACAAGGACACACACACAAACACACAAACACACAGACACACUUACCGUACCCACGCCAGAUGCCUCACACACACACGUACCUUCUCCUCUGUUUCUCUGGGUCUCAACAAUCAGCUGUGUGGUGGAAAACAGAAAGACACAUCACAGAGAGGAACAUACUGUUGGUGUAUUACCCUGACAGAAUAUAAACCUGUAGCUAGAUUUCCUGAAUAGGGUGCUCGGGAUCCUAUGACACAGUUUUACACCAUAGAUGAUGGUUAUCACAGAACAGAGAGCAGAGAGAAGGUGCUCAACAUUAUGGUAGUAAGCCAGUCAGUCAGUCAGUAAGAGAAUGCCUUAAAGCAAGUAUGAUGUCAUAUUAAGAGGUCAGGAAUAAUAUUGCCCUGUAACGUCCUGUCUUUAUGUGCCAUUAAUGAUAUGAAAUGUGGUGAAGAGCCGUGGUAAUCUUGAAAGUAUUAAUAGGAUCCUGGUAGUAACACACAGACUACUAUAUGCACAGAGGUCUGGAGCAUAAAACUUGAUCAACUUUUACCAGUCCAACUUUUAAAGGUGCUUUUGAUUUCGACAAAGAAAAGUUGCAAAUGUCUAGAGAAAUUCAUUGUAGAAAAUGCUUUGCAAACCUUUUCAUGAAUGUUAGUGUAUAAUAUUGGGGACACAGAAAUCCUGAUAAUUCCCGUAGGUGCAAUAAUGUAUUUUGAGCUGCAGACACAAACUGGCACACUGAAUGCUCCUCACUCCUCUUUUUUUCAUUCACAUGUGAAAUAUAUAGAAUGUUCAGUCCAUUGACCCACUUUCUUUUCAUCGCCAGAAAACUAAACAUUUCACCAUUCACCUUCCCCCCCUCUCUGUCACUGCGACGGUCAGAGCUCUGCGAAAUGACAACAUCAUAACUUUUAUUUGGGAGGUUUCUAUUUUCAAAGGUAGGCGAUAAGUGCAUUGUGCAGUGAUUCUUCUGUUUUCAGAAGGGCACCUUUCAGGAAUGAAAAAUGUUGAGUUUUAAAAUGCUACUAUUUAUCACAUUAUACCCUUAUAUUUGAUGUAGAAAUACCCCCUCUUGAUUGAUUCAUUUGUCACUGAAUGGAUAUGCCCUGCCCUGCCCUCCAAGUAAGAUAACUCACUCCAAACCUGAGGUAAAUGUAUUUCCUAGGCCCUUCCUUUCCCACAGAGUCUUGUUUGUUUACUGGGGGAGUGUGUGUUGUUUGCAUCCCAAAUGGCACCUUAUUCCCUAUAUUGUGCACUACUUUUGAUCAUGGCCUAUACGGCGCUGGCCAAAAGUAAUGCAUUACAUAGGGAAUAGGAUGCCAUUUGAGACACAGCCCGUGGGUCCUUUUAGCAGUGUGCUCUGUUCCAGACAGUGAAGAGGCCUGUGGCUGCUCUAACAGGACAGCUGGGGGUGACAGUGAGUGACAGACAGCCCUCCACUCUGACUGCAGGACCAGUUGGCAGCCGGUCAAGACGCCACUGGAGUCAUGAUUGGUCACAUGAUGCAGAGCCACAGAUAAGGGCUAUUAUCACAAUAUACCCCCUACCACCACCACCACUGCAGUCUGAGAUGGACAGCAACAGUAUGCAUACCCCAGGCAGACAUCCCAAGCUGCAGGAGAGGGACCAUAAUAGCAUAUUGUAAGUUAGCUCUGAUAUGACUGGUGCCAAGCUAUCCAUAUCAGGACUAUCUGUGGGUCAGGGUACAGUGACUGUGUGGGUUGAUAUGUAAGGCUUAAAGAAUAGGUGUAAAUGUUAAAGACAGAGACAUGUAUGGUGUACAGCAAUUAAAUGAAUAGUGUUGCAGGAAGUGUGUUCAGGGAAAGAAUAAUAAAUGGAAAAAUACAAAUGGAUGGAGAGCACAGGGAUUUUUUUGUAAGAAUUCGGCCAAUGUACUUUAGAAUCCUAUACAGCAGUAAAAUGACCUGUCCUCUCCAACAUUUGUGUACACUUACCGUGGACAAAUGUAUAGCUUGACAGAAUGUUAAAUGUUCUUUUUUGAGACUGCCGCACACUGUGGAAGGCCUUCCUUAACUGUUCCAGAUUUCACUCUUUUUUUCCUUUCUUUGAGAAAUGAAUCAAUCAACAAGCAUUGACUGCAUGGCCUGAUUCUUGGAGCAUUAAAACUGGGCAUGGGAUAGAUUUCGCUUGUUGACUGUAAAAAAAAAAAGAAAUUGCCUUAACCAUGAUCAAAACAAUAAAAAUAGUUUUCACUUGCA